AUGGCCUCGCAGAACGCGGACCCCGCCGCCCGGCCCAGCGCCGCCCGCAAGGGGGCCGAGCCCGGCAGCAGCGCGGCCCGCGGCUCCGUGGGGAAGCGGCUGCAGCAGGAGCUGAUGGCGCUGAUGAUGGCCGGCGACAAAGGGAUCUCCGCCUUCCCCGAGUCGGACAAUCUCUUCCGCUGGAUCGGGACCAUCGACGGCGCCGCUGGGACGGUGUACGAGGAGCUGAGGUAUAAGCUUUCCCUGGAGUUCCCUGACGGGUAUCCCUACAAUGCCCCCACCGUCAAGUUCCUCACCCCCUGCUAUCACCCCAACGUGGACACGCAGGGCAACAUCUGCCUGGACAUCCUCAAGGACAAGUGGUCGGCGCUCUACGACGUCCGGACGAUCCUGCUGUCCAUUCAGAGCCUGCUGGGAGAGCCGAAUGUUGAGAGCCCCCUGAACACACAUGCGGCCGAACUCUGGAAGAACCAAGCAGCCUUUAAGAAAUACCUGCAGGAAACGUACGCAAAGCAGGCGAAGAGCCAGGAGACCUGA